AGAUCUCGAGUACGUGUUAAUGGACAUUCUACCUGAGUAUUGAAUAUGUAAUUUCCAAAAACAUCGGUAUGGAACCGAUUAAUUCAGAAUCUGUAAUUUCCGAUCGAACGAUCGACAAAGAAAAUGUGAAAACGUUGAAAACGAAAAAAUUUGAAAUAAGAUCGAAACGUUCAUCAUACGAAAAAUUCGAAGACGCUUGCGGCUUUAAAUUCGUCGAAUUAUCGAGUUUCGAAAAUUUUGUGCGACUUCUCUAUCGACCGACGGAUCCAGCAAAUUUGGGUAUAACGAGAGCACUUUUUGGUUUGUGUAUGAUAGUGGACGUUGUCGAAGAAAGAGGAUUGGCGGAUAUCGAUAUAAAAUGGGGAGAUUCAUGGGAUUGUCAUUUCCCACUGAUUCACGGAAUGAAACCACUUUCAUUACCUUGGAUGAUAGUACUUUACGGAGCAAUGUGGUUAGGUGCUUUUGGUAUCAUGCUUGGUGUCAGAUUUAAAUUUGCUUGCGCUUGCUUCGUCGUUCCUUACUGGUAUAUAUUUCUAUUGGAUAAAAGUUAUUGGAACAAUCAUACUUAUCUUUAUGGUAUCGUAGCGACUCUUUUUUGGUGUACCGAAGCAAACAAGUACUUUGCGUUCGAUGCCAGUGAUGCUAAAAAAAUAAAGGAAACCGUGCCACUGUGGAAUUAUUUUAUUUUGAGAUUUCAAUUUUUCGUUCUAUACUUUUUGGCCGGUUUAAAGAAAUCCGGUAAAGAAUGGCUCGAAGGAUAUUCCAUGUUGAAUCUCUCGAGACACUGGAUUUUCGAUCCGUUCAAAAUUUUCUUGACUACCGAAGAAACAGAUUUCUUUAUAGUCCAUUGGUUCGGUUUCAUUUUUGAUUUAACUGUUGGAUUUUGGAUGUUGUUCGAUAAAACUCGAUUACCAGCUAUGAUAUUCUGCACGGCCUUCCACUUGAUGAACUCAAGACUGUUCAGUAUAGGUAUGUUCCCAUACGUUUGCUUAGCGACAAUGCCUCUUUUUUGUAAUGUCGAUUGGCCGCGAACUUUUAACUCUUGGAUCGCGUGUAAACAAAAUAUCUUAUUUUCCAAAUGUGUAAAUGUGAUAAAAAAUUGUUUCCAAAGUCCAGUUAAUAAACUGAUAAAUGAACAAACGAAAGAGGUUACUGAUCUAAAUGAAUUCGAUUCGCAAAAAGCUAAUAUGGACGUAAACGAACGCUAUGAGUCGUCUGAAAAUGUAAAACCUACCGAUAACUCAACGAUGAAAAAUGUUAAUUCAAAAAAAGUGACGAAAAAACAACAAUUUGUCGUAUCUAUGUUAUUACUUCAUAUUGUCUUACAAUUCUUUUUACCCUACUCGCAUUUUAUCACGAAGGGUUACAACAAUUGGGUUCCAGGUUUGUAUGGCUAUUCCUGGGACAUGAUGGUCCACACUUGGGAUACAAUAUUAGUUGUGAUACGAGUUCACGAUAAUGAGAGCAACGAAGAUCGUUUUCUCGAUCCCGAUACAUGGGUACAAAGUGAUCGAUGGGUGAAACAUGGAGACAUGGCGAGACAAUAUGCUUUUUGUAUAAAGAAUAAUAUUCUACGACAGAAAGAGGAAGCUCUGAAUAACAAUCCUAAACAUGAAGAAAGAGAAAAAUGGACUAAACUCUCCUCGAAUUUAAGCGUUUACAUGGAUGUAUGGUGUUCCUUGAACGGAAGAUUUCAACAAAGAAUUUUCGAUCCAAACGUUGACAUGUUAACGGUCGAUUGGCAUCCUUUUAAACAUGUUUCCUUUGUAAUGCCACUUCUAACACAAUACAACUCUUAUCGAUAUAAAAUGAAUGAUAUUCAAAGAGAUGUAUACAGUUGGUCAAACUACACCGAUGUUCUAUUCGUAGCCGAUUUUCCAAGUAUGUCAUUGGAAAAUUACAUUAACAGUGAUUUCACGAAUGUAUCGUUGACGGUCCUCGAAGGUGAAGUAGCAUAUAACGAAGAAAAUCAAAUGGAAAGUGUCACUUUAAAGAAAGGAUUAUCAAUCGACGUAAAAACCGAAAAAUUUCACAGAAUUAAAACGAUUACUCCUUAUCCAGCCUGUUACAUGUAUACUUAUACCAAUCAAACGAAACAAAAAUUGGAUAUCGAUAGACAAGUUGAAGACACUAAUACGAAGGAACCAUUCUCCCUCGUACAGGAAUUAAAUUACAAGAUUGAUUCUUGGGCGAGGGCAUUUAGUCAUUUAGCAAAUGCCUUCUUCAAUCUUGUUUACGACGUUCCUAUGAUACGAAGAGUACGGGUUAAGAGACAAGCCUAAGAAAACAA